AAGCGAAUCAGUGGCCAGUGCAGUUUUAGAGCUCGCAUCAAUCACAUCGUGUUUCAGUGGGUGAGAUUGUUUUGCUUGAAUUUGAGUUUGUUCCAAAGUCCAUUCGUCAUCUGCCUUGUUUUUGUGUUGUUUUGGUGCUCAAUUAUUUGUGUUAAAUUUCUUCAAUAGUACAAUAUUCUCAAUAAAUCCGUACUAGUGUUUCGAAAGUUCACGGUCAAGUGGAAUUAAAAGCUACAGGAAUAAAAGCUGUGAAUAAUGGUAUCUGCCAAACGGGACCAACUACGUUACGAUGGCCGUGUUGUAGUCGUGACCGGAGCCGGCGCCGGAUUAGGCCGAGAGUAUGCCCUUCUAUUCGGAUCCCGUGGCGCCAAAGUGGUUGUUAACGAUUUGGGAGGAAACUUCCACGGCCAGGGAAAGUCCAAUGCGGCUGAUAAGGUUGUGGAGGAAAUUCGGUCUGCUGGUGGAACCGCUGUGGCCGAUUACAAUUCUGUUGUUGAUGGCGAAAAGAUCAUCCAAACGGCAAUGGAAGCGUUCGGUCGGGUGGACGUGCUGAUCAAUAAUGCAGGAAUUCUGCGGGACAGAAGUCUGGCACGGAUUUCCGACGAAGAUUGGAAUCUGAUCCACGAUGUACACAUGAAGGGCAGUUUUAUGACCACCCGGGCAGCUUGGCCCAUUAUGAAGAAGCAAAACUUCGGUCGUAUCAUUAUGACGUCGAGUAAUUCCGGCGUGUACGGGAACUUUGGCCAGGCCAACUACAGCGCGGCCAAGCUGGGCCUGGUGGGGCUGGCCAAUACGGUGGCCAUUGAAGGCCAGAAGAAUAACAUCCACUGUAACGUUAUUGUGCCGACGGCGGCCUCCAGGAUGACGGAGGGAAUCUUGCCGGAGAUUUUAUUCAACGAAUUAAAACCAAAAUUGAUCGCUCCGGUUGUUGCAUAUCUGUGCCACGAAUCCUGCGAGGACAACGGAGCCAUCAUCGAGAGCGCAGCCGGUUGGGCAACGAAGGUACAUUUCGUGCGGGGAAAAGGCAGUGUUUUGCGCACUUCCAUCGAUGAGGACGUAACUCCAGAGUAUGUGCGUAACGUUUGGGAUAAAGUGACUGACAUGUCCGAAGCGAAGCACCUGAAUGCCAUCGGUGAAGCCAGCCUAUCUUUGGUCGAAGUGCUGGAGAAGUUACGCGAAGGAAAGUCGGCUGAAAAUUCCGUUACUGAAACGUACAAGUUCAACUACAAAGAUGUCAUUCUCUAUGCGCUGGGAGUCGGUGCGACUGUCACCGAUGAAAGCGACCUUCGUUUCCUGUAUGAGAAUCACCCGGAGUUCUCAGUGCUACCCACGUUCUUCAUCCUUCCCGGACUGCUGUCGGUGAUGGGAUCAGAUCUUACAGCCAAAGCCAUUCCACAUGCCCAAUUUGACCUAACAAACAUUCUGCAUGGAGAACAGUACAUCGAGUUGUUCGAUUCGGUUCCAACGGAUGGCGUGUUGACCACCACAAGCACCGUAAUCGAUGUACUAGAUAAGAAAUCCGGCGCCCUGGUCGUAACGCAGUCUGAAUCGUUUGACGAGAACGGCACCUUGGUUGCACGGGGUCAAAGCAGCACCUUCGUUGUCGGAGUGGGCAACUUCAAUGGCAAAUCGAAGGCAAGCUCCGAAGUGAAAGCCCUGAUGCCAAAUCCGAAACGAUCUCCGGACGCAUCAGUGCAAAUUAAGACUAGCCGCGACCAAGCCGCUUUGUACAGGUUGUCCGGUGAUUUGAACCCGAUGCACAUCGAUCCGAGCUUCUCGGCCAUUGCCGGGUACAAAACUCCGAUCCUACACGGCCUGUGCACUAUGGGAAUUUCCGUGAAGGCCGUUCUCAAACGAUAUGGUAACGAUGACUCAAGCCUGUUCAAGGCAGCUAAGGUCCGGUUCUCGAAGCCGGUGUUGCCAGGACAGACGCUGCGGAUUGACAUGUGGAAGGAGGCCAACAAUCGAGUGUGUUUCCGCACGGUUGUUGUUGAGACCAACACAGAGGUUCUUUCCGGUGCUUACGUUGAUUUGAAGAAGAUCGUCCUGAAACCAAACAUGACCGCUGGAAAGAGUCUACAGAGUGAUGCCGUGUUCGCCGGUAUCAAGGACCGUGUGUCGGAGAACGAGGCAAAGGCCAAGGCUAUCAAUGCGGUGUUCCUGUACAAAAUCACCGACGGUGGCAAGGUGUCCAAGGAGUGGGUGCUGGACUUGAAGAACGCCAAAGUAUAUGAAGGCCCGGUGCAGGGCAAGGCCGACACCACGAUGACCAUCUCCGACAGCGACAUGGUGGAUCUGGCGCUGGGCAAACUGCAACCCCAGGCAGCUUUCAUGAAGGGCAAACUGAAGAUCACCGGAAACAUUAUGCUGGCUCAGAAGUUGGCACCGCUGCUGAAGACGGAAGCCAAGCUGUAACAAGCGUUGUCCAUCGGUGUUGUGCUGGGUAACACUAGCAACAUUCUUUAUGUUAUCUAAAUGGUGAUAUGACUGGUUUAUUUCACACUUUCUACAAAGUCUAGCAUUAAGCUAUAAAAUAGUAUUUUAGACUUCAACAAAAACACAAUUAUGGAUGAAGAUUAUUUUUCUGUAAAACUGAAUGGAAAAGGGGCAAUAGUAAAACAACUUAAAAAAUGAGGUGAA